UUUGUUGAAAUUAAAAUUACAAAUGUUAGAGUUAAUAGAAAUCCAGAUGAGUUUUCGUUUGUAGAUAUUUUAUUUGGCUUAAUACUUUUAUCAUUGCAAGAGUUAAUCAUAUCUUUGACAACUAAUAUAGAAGAAACAAGUCAAAUCCUAUAUAAAGAACUUAACAAUUACAUUAAAAACAAAAGAAAGAAGAAG